GUGAAUUCUGGGACGCUACUGUCUUUCUUCAUCUAUCCAGUCUCACCGGGCAGCUUCAAACCAGCCUGAAUUGAACAGAAGACCCACAAACUCAGAUUGGCAGUAAAUAUGCCAACAUACAGGUGUUUAUUGGAGCUGUGUGUGGUGGCAUGUGUGUUCAUAAGUUCUGGAUUCAGUUCAGAGGAGGAUAUGAACCUGGCUGCCCUUCUUCGUAGCGUGUCUGGAACGCUGAUUAGAGAUCAGCCUCUCGUGGGCAAGUUUAGUGGGGACCUUCAAACUGAAAAGGGCAGAUACAGGAUCCUUGAAAGGACUCGUGAAUCUGGUACAUCUGUCAAGACUGGUUCUGUUGGACCCAAAACCCUCACCAAAGAUGGCACCGUUCAGGGUCUGACGCUGGACAAGUCUCACGUUUUCUAUGGGAUCCCAUUCGCUGAUCCACCUGUUGCAGCGUACCGUUGGAAACCACCCCGUCCCGUCACACCGUGGAAGGGGGUGUACGACGCCACCUAUCCCAGAGCGGCAUGCAUGCAGGCGUGCAUCGGACCCCUUUCUGAUGAGUGUCCCAAGAAGGUGAGCGAAGACUGUUUGUACCUGAAUGUGUUUGUUCCUCUGAGUGUGAACUUCACAGCCCCGCUGCACAAACCGCUGCCCGUCAUGGUGUGGAUUCACGGCGGUGACUUCAUCGCAGGCUCCGCCUCCAAACCGCUUUACGACGCACGCUACAUCAGCAACUUCACACGAACGGUGGUUGUGAGUGUGGCCUACCGCCUUGGAGCGUUUGGGUUUCUGGUGUCAGGAAAGGACCCAAGAACAUCAGCGGCAGGAAACUAUGGGAUUCUGGACCAGCAGAUGGCUUUGCUCUGGAUCCAACAGAACAUUGCAGUGUUUGGAGGUGACCCAAACCGGGUGACGAUUUUCGGAGAGAGCGCUGGAGCUCAGUCAGUCAGUCUGCAUCUCAUGAUCCAAAGCAGCAAACCACUCUUCAAACAGGCUGUUUUCCAGAGUUUACCCUUCUCCAUUCCACUGAAAACACGGCACGAGUCUCUGAGGCUGGGGAAGGACUUUGCGAAGAUGUCCAACUGCUCGGUGAAGGACAUUGUGUGUCUGCUGUCUCGGAGUCCUCAGGCGGUGCUGACCGCUCAGAUCAAAUCCAGCUCAAAGGUGGUGAACCCAUUCCGAUUUCUGGAGGUGUUUGAAAGCUGGGGGCCGUAUAUUGAUGGAGAGCUGAUCAAGGAACAGUCAGUGAGCGCGUUUCAGAAAGGACACUGGCAGAAGGAGAAAGCAGUUCUGCUCGGAACCACCUCAGAGGAAGGAGUGAUCUUUGUGUACGGGGUCUUCACUAAGCCGGUGUCACCUGUCGAGUGUACCAUCUACACAACGGCCAUAUUCAAACAACACGCCAUCAAAAUCCUGCGCAAAUACCUGCCACUGUACAAAGACGAUGACCGCAGGGACAUGCUAGCACAGAUUGUUACAGACUACAUCUUCUUGUGUCCGUCCCGAAGAUCAGCACGUGCCGCGGUGCUCUCAGGCAGUUCUGUCUGGAUGUACGUGUUCGAUCACGUAGCAAGUGAUCCGCGCGUGUGGUCGGGUUUGACGUUCUGUUACAAGCACGUAUGUCAUGGCGCAGAGCUGCCCUUCCUGUUUGACUCCGCCCCUGUGGCAAACUUCACCCUGACACCACCUGAGCACCUGCUGUCCAAUCGUAUGCUGUGCUACUGGGGGGCGUUCGCCCAUGCGGGUGACCCGGGAUCACAUACUGACAUGAGCACGUUCUGUCAGCAGCAGCGCCCCCCCUCAUGGCCACGCUACACGGCUAACAGCGGGUGGCUAACCAUGAAUCUAACUGUGCAUUCGCACGCACAGGUGGGCUCACGUGACGACAUCUGUGACUUCUGGGACAAACUUGGAAUCUACCCCUAAUGAAGGAAAAACACAUAAGUUCCCUUUAAUAUGUCAGUUGUUUCUCCUAGACGGUAAUGACCUUAAAUGGAGACUUCUUAAAGGAACAGUUCACCCAAAAAUGAAAAUUCUCUCAUCAUUUACUCACCCUCAUGCCAUCCCAGAUGCAUAUGACUUUCUUUCUUCUGCUGAACACAAAAGAAGAUAUUUAGAAGAAUAUCUCAGUUCUGUAGGUCCAUACAAUGUAAGUCAAUGGUGACCAGAAAUCACAUAAAGGCAGCAUAAAAGUAAACGCAUAUGACCCAGUGGUUUAAUCCAUGUCUUCAGAAGUCAUAUGAUAGGUGUGGUUGAGAAACGGAUCAAUAUUUAAGUCAUUUUGUUCUAUAAAUCUCCACUUUCACUUUCACAUUCAGCCACCUACUAUUCACAGCUGGUCAAAGGUGCAGAUUUUUAGUAAAAGGACUUAAAUAUUGAACUUUUCUCAUCCACACCUGUCAUAUCACUUCUGAAGACAUGGAUUAAACCACUCGAGUCAUAUGGAUUAUUUUUAUGCUGCCUUUAUGUGCUUUUUGGACCUUCAGAGUUCUAGUCACCAUUCACUUGCAUUGAAUGAGUGCUGAAAUAUUCUUUUAAAACCUUCAAUUGUGUUCUAUAGAAGAAAGUCACACACAUCUGGGAUGAGAAUGAGUAAAUGAUGAGAGAAUUACAUUUUUUUGGGUGAACUGUCCCUUUAAAUCUUCUGAUUCUCAGAUGUUUCUCAAGUGAAACAAUCUCAUAUAUGAAGAGAGCCCAACAAUGCCUCAGACUGUGCUCAGAUUUGCCAAGGUCCCGAAGUCUGCAAUCAAAGAUAAAUACCUUAAAAUGAACUCAUCAAAUUCAUCUAAUUCUAAAUGAUCUGAGCUAUGCUAUGCACAUUCAUGUUAUAGCUCUGAACUACUACAAUUGUCUCAUUUGUGUCUGUUUUUAUUUCUCCUGAGGAUUUUUAAGAGAAAAUGACAUUUUCUCUUUGAAAGAGCAACUCCAAAGUUAUGCAAUUUUCCUUAGAGAAGAAAUGCAUGAAAUAAUUCCCACAGAAUUUAUAUUGUUGGUACCAAAACAUCCAAAGUUGGAAAGUUUUUACAAGUGUAUGUGCUGUAUAUCAAAAUACACUGGAAGUAUAAUUUUGAGGUCUGUCAAUAAAUAAACAAUUUACAAGAUGCAGAUCAUUUAAAUUAAUCGUAAUUAAUCACAUAUAUCAAUAUUUGCUAAGAACGGCACCCAAAUAAUAAUUCAAAUAGAUAAUAAAAAAGACAAUUUGAUAUAUAAUAAUCAAAAUAUUAAAUAUAUACUAUUAUAAAUACUAUAAAUUAUAAUAUAAGUAGUAUAUACAACAAUACUAAUAUUAUAUAUAUAUAUAAAUACUGUAUGUUGUAUUAUAUAUAAUGUUUGUUAUAAACUCUCUUCUGAAACUCUACCGGAGACGCAUCAUAUCAUCUGAGAAUCAGAAGAUUUAAAGGGACAGUACACCAAAAAAAUGUAAAUCUCUCAUAAUUAAUUCAUUCUCAUCCCAGAUGUGUGUGACUUUCUUCUAUAGAACACAAUUGAAGGUUUUAAAAGAAUAUUUCAGCACUCAUUCAAUGCAAGUGAAUGGUGACUAGAACUCUGAAGGUCCAAAAAGCACAUAAAGGCAGCAUAAAAAUAAUCCAUAUGACUCGAGUGGUUUAAUCCAUGUCUUCAGAAGUGAUAUGACAGGUUUGGAUGAGAAACAGAUCAAUAUUUAAGUACUUUUUACAAAAAAAUCUCCACCUUUGACCAGCUGUGAAUAGUAGGUGGCUGAAUGUGAAAGUGAAA